AUGGGGAGCAUCUCCCCCGGCGGGAGCAUAGCGCUUGGUAUCCUCGUCGGCUUAAUAUCGACCGGCGUCCAGAGUCUUGGCCUGACCUUGCAGCGGAAAUCGCAUAUUCUCGAAGAUGAAAAGGGGCCUCAUGAUAUACAGCGUCCGCCAUACCGCCGGCGGAGAUGGCAGCUUGGCAUGGGAAUGUUCGUCGUGGCGAAUCUCUUGGGCAGUACGGUGCAGAUUUCUACCCUGCCAUUGCCGGUGCUUUCCACCUUGCAAGCCGCCGGCCUCGUCUUCAACUCUAUUUGUGCGACGCUGAUCCUUCACGAACCCUUUACGCGAUGGUCUCUUUGCGGUACGCUCCUGGUGACGAGUGGCGCGGUUUUGAUUGCGAUAUUUGGCGCCAUUCCGUCGCCGGCACACGACUUGAACGAGCUACUUAUUUUGCUGGGGCGAAGGCCUUUUAUUGUCUGGAUGGCAUUGCAAGCCCUGUUUGUCGUGGGCCUCGGCACAGUCACCGACGUCGUCAAUAACGUGUCCAGCAUAUCACACAAUUCCCGAUUCAGACUCGCCCGCGGCGUUAUAUACGGUGUCAUCAGCGGAGACCUAUCCGCACACGCCUUGCUCUUCGCCAAGUCAGCUGUUGAGCUGUGUAUCAAGACGGUCGGGGGCAGCAAUCAGUUUUCCCACUGGGAGUCGUGGAUGAUUGUGCUCGGCUUGGUCUCCCUCGCCCUGUGCCAGCUCUACUACCUGCACCGAGGUCUAAAGCUGGUCUCGACCUCUGUUCUCUAUCCGCUCGUGUUUUGCGUAUACAACAUCGUCGCCAUACUGGAUGGGUUGAUAUACUUUGACCAGGCGAGCCUGAUCCCGCCACUUCACGCCGGGCUCAUUGCCGUCGGUACGGUCAUCCUGCUCUCCGGCGUGCUGGCCCUAUCGUGGCGGCUCAGCGACGAACAGCAUGCUCCCGGCGUCGGUCAGUCAACGCUAGCCCCGGGACUGGGACUCGUCGACGACACCGAAGGCGAGGACGAGUCCCUGCUCAGCUCCGAGGCGGCCGUGGACGAAGAAAGCAGCUCAUUGGGCUACCAGACGUUCCCGGCCCUGAACGGCGACGCCACCGCCCUGGUGACCCCGACCCAGAGGAAGAACUUGAGGUGGGCAGAGAGGGCCGAGAUUUGGGGCGAAUUAGAGGACCAAGAGGAGCCCGCUCCUCCGACGGGACGGCUGCGCUCCAUGACCAUGCCGGGGCAGUCGGAGCUGUCCCCGUUGCUGCCUGCCUCGAGGAGGUCGGCGGGCGGUAGUUUUGCGGCAACAGGCGAGCCCGCCCUAAGCAGCGAGCCCGCCCCCCAUAGAUUCGGCAGGCGGCGGAGGAGAAGUACCGGCUUCCCCGGCCUGGUGGCGCGGCGAAACACGCGAAAUCGGCAGUCCUCGAUCUCAGAGUCCCUCGGCGGCCUGUUCCAGUCGAUUCCGUGGCCCAGAGGACGCGGCAUGCCAAGGUCCCAGAGUGGCUUCUUCACGGCAGACGACGUGCCACGGCGGUACCGCGGCGACAGCGAGGCCGACGACGCCCCGGGCCGGGGGGGGACGAGGGGCAACGGCUCGACCGUAUAG